CAGCGACCUUGCGAGGACAGAGUUGCUCUCAGUUCCCCUUUCUCGCCAGCGACUCGCGAACCGCAACAAUCAGCUAGCACCGCGCCGGAACUCGAGCAGCAGGCGAAGAUGGCACCCCAGCCGGAGGAGGCGCCCAAGCCUUCGCCGGGGGAGUCUCGCGAGUGGACGCUGCGGUUCAUCCAGGCCCUGGGAGUGGACGCGUCCCUCCCGGCGUCGGCGGAGCGUCCCGACGCCUACUCCGCCCUCGUCCGCGCGCUCCUGUCCUCCGCCACCGUCUCCUCCUCCCCCGCGCCGCGCGUCUCCUGCACCCUCACCGUCUCAUCCGCCGCAACUAACGCCUACAACACGCUCCACGGCGGCGCGGUGGCGGCCGUCGCGGAGGCCGUCGGGAUGGCGUGCGCGCGUGCUGCGGCGGGGGAUAAGGAGAUGUUCCUCGGCGAGCUCAGCACAGCGUAUCUCUCAGCCGCCCGCCUCGAUUCUGAAGUGGAAGUAGAAGCGCAGAUACUGAGGAAGGGCAGAUCUGUUGUGGUUACUACAGUUGAGUUUCGGCUCAAGGACAGCAAGAAGCUCUGCUACACAUCUCGAGCCACCUUCUACAUCAUGCCUGUGGCAAGCCUGUAAAAUCAUCUCUUACGGUACAUGUAACAGUUUCGUAUUUGCACAAUCAAAGCUUUACAUGAGCAUACCGUGCUAUUGCACCGAUAAAUAAAGUAAAGACCAAAUGGCAAUUUACCACAAGAGAGUUUGAGAUUUUUUUCCCAAUGAAACAUGAACUGCAAUAAGGUGUUCAAACUACAAAUAUACUACUCGUUUAUCUGUUUGAUGCUUC